GCUGAGUAGAGCUGGGCACUGGGCGCCUGCCUGCCUGCCCUCCCGCUCUCUCGCACCCCCACCCCCUUCAGCUGGCUGGCUGGCUGGCUGUGCGCGCGGCGAACAUGGCGGCGGCGGCCGAGUCGGUGGGGCGGGACACUCUACCUGAGCACUGGACCUAUGGCGUCUGUAGAGAUGGCCGGGUCUUCUUCAUCGACGACCUGACCCGCUCAACUACUUGGCUGCAUCCUCGCACUGGGGAGCCCGUCAACUCAGGCCACAUGAUCCGCUCAGAUCUUCCCCGUGGAUGGGAGGAGGGAUUCUCCGAAGAAGGAGCCAGCUACUUCAUUGACCACAACCAGCAGACUACAACAUUUAGGCAUCCUGUGACUGGCCAGUUUUCCCCAGAAAACCUUGAGUUUAUUUUACAAGAGGAGCACAAUUCACUUAUGCCCAAGCAUCAGAUAAACCAAAGACCCUCAAGCAUGGUCAGUGAAACAUCUACCGCAGUAACUACAUCUACUGUAGAUAUAAAACCUGGCUCUAAGGUGGUAAAAUCUGGCAAUAAAAUACACAGUUUUGGGAAGAGGGACCAUGCUAUAAGGAGAAACCCUAAUGUUCCUGUUGUGGUAAGAGGCUGGCUUCAUAAACAAGAUAGUUCUGGCAUGAGAUUAUGGAAGAGACGAUGGUUUGUGCUUACUGAUUAUUGUUUAUUUUACUACAAAGAUAGCAGAGAAGAAUCUGUUCUUGGAAGUAUACCAUUGCCUAGCUAUGUAAUAUCAACAGUUGGACCUGAAGAUCAUAUAAACCGCAAGUACUCCUUUAAGGCUGUCCAUACGGGCAUGAGGGCAUAUAUCUAUAAUAAGAGUUCUGUUAUUGGCUCUCAGGCAGAGCAUUCAGGGAUGCGCACAUACUACUUUAGUGCGGAUUCUCAAGAAGAUAUGAAUGGUUGGAUUCGGGCUAUGAAUCAAGCUACCCUUAUGCAAACACAUUCAUCACCAAAGAGAGAAACAAGAAACCCAGAUCAGCAAGCUGUUCCUCAAGCUAACCAUGUGGAUGCCUGCAAAGAAUGUGCAAAGUUAGAUUCUGCUGAUGCAAAAGGAAGCUAUAGAAAAUCACCUGAAGCCUCUGCAUAUGAUAAGCGUGAAGAGAUGAGAAAAGCAAUUAAGGAUGAGCAUUAUGCUGUCAGGAAGUACACUGUGGAAUCAAAAAGGAAGAAAUCUAAACAUCCAUCGAUAGCGGAGGUUGGCACAUUGAAUCCAGAGUCAAGUCUGUCUCAGUCCCAAACAGCUCAGCCUAUUGAGAAGAAUGGAAUGCUUUCCAAUUCACUAAAUACAAGUACUGUCCUAGUAGAGCAGAAUGGUAUCAAUUUAUAUAAACGAUUUGUUUCCAGACCAACUCCUAAUAAGCAGACACAAAGGAAAAACAAUAUGGCUCAUAUAGAGCACUGGGUAAAAGUCCAAAAAGGAGAUGCAAAAAGUCUUGCAACUGAUCAGACUCUUAUUCGCCAAGUGCCCAGUCAUUCUGUAUCUUUUCCUGAGAAUUAUCAUACAUUGCCAAAGAACACCAGGCAGUCUUCAGGAAGCUCACCUCCUUCAAAUCAAAAUUUGCCAAGUGACUACAAGUAUGCUCAAGAUCGGGUUAGCCACUUGAAGAUGUCCCUUGAUGAGAGAAGAGCAAACAAAGAUGGUACUGUAUGGCAGCUGUAUGAGUGGCAACAGAGACAGCAGUUUAAACAUGGCAGUCCAACAGCACCUAUUUAUAUUGGCUCUCCAGACUUUACAGACCAUAGUAAGGGAAGAAGUUCACUAGAAGUUCCACGGUCAGUUUCUGUUCCUCCAUCUCCUUCUGAUAUACCGCCACCAGGACCCCCUAAAAUCUUUCCACCCCGAAGACCACACACUCCUGCAGAAAGGGUUACUGUUAAACCAUCUGAUGAGAGACAAAUAUUAGAUGUUCCUUUUCCUUCACCAAGGAAGAUUCUAAACCAAACUAUAAAGAACUCGGCACACAUAGAUAGGCGUUCCAUGCCUACAAUGGGAUAUAUGACCCACACUGUAAGUGCUCCAAGUUUGCACGGGAAAUCGGCUGAUGAUACCUACAUCCAGUUGAAGAAAGAUCUUGAAUAUCUGGAUCUGAAGGUGACAGGGCGUGAUACAAUAAAAGAACGAAAUACAAAACCCAUCAAGAUUGGAGAAAGUGAUAUUGAUGUGAAACUAAGUGUUCUCUGUGAACAAGACAGGAUUCUGCAAGACCUAGAAGAUACAAUUAGAGCCCUGAAGGAAAAUAAAGAUCAAUUGGAGUCUGUCCUGGAAGUAUUACAUAGGCAGAUGGAACAGUACAAAGACCAACCACAACACACACAAAAAAUUUCAUACCAGCAGAAACUUUUGCAGGAAGAUCUUAUACAUAUUCGGGCUGAAAUAUCCAAAGUGUCUACAGAAAUGGAAAAUGCCUGGAAUGAAUAUCUGAAAUUGGAAAAAGAUGUACACCAGCUGAAGCAAGCCUUACAUGAACAAAUGAACAGAUCAUUUUUUUCUCAGGAGAAAGCUCAAAUGCAAAAAGAUUUAUGGAGAAUUGAAGAUGUUACAGCUGGCCUAAGUACAAAUAAAUCCAACUACAAAGUAAUCAUAGAGUCUAUAAAGAAUCCAGAGAGAAAAACAGUGCCUUCGUUUUCAAAGCCUCUAGUGCCUUCAUUAUCAUCUACUCUCAUGUCAACAGACAGCAAAUUUUCUACUCAGCAAAGUCCACUAUCUAGUCCUGUCCAACCUUCCUUAGAAGUCAGACUUUUUCCUCAGCCUUAUAUGCAGCCUAGAAUGUUCUCUCCGUCCCAACAAGUGAAAAAAGCUGACCCUCCAAUUCAGUCACCAGUAAAAUUAAAGCAACAUUUUGAAGAUGAAGCACCACCAAGGCCUCCUCUCCCACAAUUGUACAGCCCUGAUGAUCACCCACCAGCUGUUCCACCUCUUCCCAGGGAAGCCACUGUCAUCAGGCACACAUCAGUGCGGGGCUUGAAACGACAGUCAGAUGAAAGAAAACGAGACCGUGAAUUAGGACUGUAUGUGAAUGGAGAUUACAGGGUAGAACUCCGUUCAUAUGUGAGUGAACCUGAAUUGGCAACAAUAGGCAGUGAUCUGAGUCAACCUGUUGGUUUUCUAGGUACUGAGAGUAGAUACCAAACAUUACCUAGCAGAGGGUUAUCUGGCUCAACUUCCAGACUGCAUCAGUCGUUAUCAGCUUCAACAUAUGCAACACUUCGGAGAGAUGGUUCCAAGCAGGAUAGACCAAAGAGUGCCUUGGAACGUUUAUACUCUGGAGAUCACCAAAGAGGCAAGAUGAGUGCCGAGGAACAAUUAGAAAGAAUGAAGCGACAUCAAAAGGCAUUAGUUCGUGAACGCAAGAGAACUCUUGGACAAGGAGAAAGACAGUCCGUCUCAUCACGGUCAUUCGUUCGGCCUGUUUCUGCAGACAUAGGCUCAUGGAAGCGGGAGCAACAAUUUGACUUGCAACUACUGGAAAAAGCAGCACGAGCAGAACGAAAAGAGGAAAAUAACUGGCUAAGAGUUGAGCCUGUGUCAGUGACAGAAGCAGACCUAGAACCUCAAGAUUAUAACUUGGAUAUUAGCAAAGAGUUGUCAAAACCUGAAAAAGUUGCAAUUCCAGAGCGUUAUGUUGAGCUGGAACCUGAAGACCCUCUCACUCCAGAGGAAUUAGCAGCAAGGCAUCGUAAGGCAGAAAAAAUAAAGAAUAUUCUUACAAGGUCAAGUAUGCACAACCUCCAGCCUCCAGCUCAGGACAAACACAACUUUGCUAAUUUAGAUUCACAGUUGCAAGAGCAAGAACGCAUCAUUACCAUAUCAUACGCCCUGGCUUCUGAAGCCUCUCAGCGGAGCAAGGAAGUGGCAGCUCUGCAAUUGACCUAUCCAUCUAAAGCACCCUCACUUCCUGUACCUCAGCCACCCCCCUUAAGCAAUGGAUUUCACUACACAUUUGUCUAAGCAUCUUGAAACCAAAGCAGUAAACGAACGCUGAUACCAGGUAUAAACCUGUAACACCCACCUGAUGGCGUGCAGCAAGGAGGAAGAAAGAGACUUCUCUACAUUACCUUUCUCUCAUGGCUGUUUUUCAUUUGAACACGUUACAAAUAAUAACUGCACAAAGACGUUUUGUACAAAAAAAGAAUAGAACAAUUGUUUAUCUAUGUUCUAUCUUUCUUUUAUAUAAACAGCACUUUUAAUAUGUUUUGUAAAAUAUUAACAUUGUCGACAAACCUGCACAGUCAAGCAUAUUCAAGUCCGGUUGAUGUUAAUAGUCAUAAUGCUUUAGUGUGCUGGAUUGUGAGCCAGUGUAUUUUUAGAAACAGAAUAUAUAUUAGAUUUGUUUUUGUUUUUAAAAAAGACACAAGGGCUGCAUUCAUUUAAAAGUUUGGAUGCAUGCUAUACAGGCAGGUGGGUGUUUUUAGCUUCUGUUUUAAAAAGAAUAUUUUUGGAAGCACAUCAUAGCAUUUAGGUAGGGUUAAUGAGGUCUUUUUCUAUUUUUUCAGAUUUGAUAAUUUGGUUGUUACUACUGAUUAACAAUCAGGGAAAAUAUUUGCAGAAAUAUUCAAAUUUUCAAUGAAAUCCCAGGCAAGCACCAAAAGGGAGAUGCAAAACUUGCAAAAUAUGUACCUCUUUGAAUAAGUAAAUUGUACAACCUGUUAACAGGACAUACAACUGUUACCACUUCUUUUACAUAGCUUUCAAGUCCAAGUGAACAACACUGUCCAGUUACUAUUUUAAAAAUACAUUUUCCUCUUUAACUUAGGGUGUGGGCAGUGAACUAUUUAGAAUAUGAUCUAGUCUCUAUCCCACUGCAGAUGCAACAUCUAUGAACCACAGAGGAUUCCUGUAGAGGUCAAUAGAACCUCUGUUCCUACUCUCCCUUCCCCCUUUUUAGAGCACAAAUAUGGCAUGUCCAGGCAACAUUAUGUGGAAUAUGAGGUCUGGAAAACGUUUCCUUGCUUCUUGCCUAGGUGCAAGUUACUCAGAGAGGGAGAGCAGGAGAUAUGCAGAAAACCUCCUACUCCCUAUAAUAGCUUGUUGUGCUACUUGUGCAAGCUCAAGAAGAGGGAGAGAGACGAAACUGGUAUUUUGAUCCUUUUAGGAAUACUCUGCACAUGGGUGCUGCACCCAAGAUGGGCCUGGAGUAUCCAUUUUAAAUGGAAAUAUGUAAAGUGCACAAAACAAAUAAUUAAUAGAAUGAAUCAUUUACAUCUAUAUUCUUUUUAAUUGAUGCUUUCAACAACAGAAAAUAAAUUAUUUACUUUCAACUAUUGAUAGCUUUGCAUAGUAAUUCAGUCCCUCAGUCUUGCUAAAACGUUCAGGUAUGAUGUAUUUUCUUGAGUCUUGGGCAAAAGGCUGGCUCAUUAGCAAAAAGAGUUAAUGAAUUCUUGGUGCUUUGACUUGAAUAUAUGUGUGUACUCAAAAAUGUGUGGUUUGCAAAUAUCCAUUGUGUUCACACUAGGUGAAUUCAAAAUGAAUUCACACAUACUCAGCAGUGCAUUGUCAAAUUUAUUGCAACAUUCUGCUAUAGUGCACUCCUUUUAUACUGAAGAUGAGAAUGAUACCAACUCAUUAGGACUAUUUAGGAAGAAUAGAUUGUGUAUACCGUUGCCUUAGGGCUGGUCUAUAUUGCACUUGUUAUAUGGACUUCACUGCAAAUAACCCUUUCAUUUUGAGGACAGACCCCAUACCAUCUGAGGCUGCCAGCAGAAAUAUCCAGCAGUGAUGAAGUCUCAUGGAGAUCUCCAAGCAAUGCCAGAUAUCCACAUUGUAAACUGCUGUAGAUCUACAGGUGUGAAAUAUUUGCCAUGUAGAUGCUGUUUGAGUAGACUUCAUGUGAGGAAUGUAAUAUGUACAUUGGCAACUAGCUGCUGCAGUAUUUAGCUAUGAUACAAAUGUCUGCACUUCCAGCAUCUUCCCAAUCUCUUAUUUGAGAAAAUUGUAUGUGGACAAUAGAAAAUAGAGAACUUUGCCUUCUCAUAGAUAAACAAAUGAACAACCCUGAGCCCAUGAGGUUCCAAAUAUUAUUUAAAUCACAUACUUUAAUGGUAUUAGCAAAUAUUAAUGAGUUCUUGCAAUAUAUGUGGAGUGUGGGAGUGCUAUAGGGGUUAAAUGUGUGAAAAAUUAGUUUAGGAUGCCAGUGCCAUGUUCAUCUCCCAAAUAAGAGUUGUAGAGUAACUGGAGAAAAUUGAAUGUAUCCAGUGAAGUUGUCCUGUUUGUGGAGGGCCCAAUGGAACUUCUCCUCCCCUUCCUCGUGUCCCCCCAAAUUUGUACCAGGAACUUGGGAGGAACUCAGAACAGAUUUGUGGGGGCAUAUGGGAGGAACGAGAGCCAGUGUGGUUAGUGGUUAGUGUUGGACUACAACCUGGGAGACCAGGGUUCAAAUCCCCACACAGCCAUGAAGUUCGCUGGGUGACCUUGGGCCUGUCACUGCCUCUUAGCCUCAGAGGGAGGCAAUGGUAAACCCCCUCUGAAUACCACUUACCAUGAAAACCCUAUUCGUAGGGUCGCCAUAAGUCAGGAUCGACUUGAAGGCAGUCCAUUUCCAUUUUCAUAGGAGGAACAGAAGGGGAAGUACUAUUGCUCAAGCGGAACUUCAUGUGUGAACAGGAUGCAAUCCAGUGGUCAAAAUUCAGAGAACUGCCUGGUAUUCCUCUUGAAUUUGCUUGUUUUUGUGUUUGAAGAGCAGUUACCUGCACAGCUUGGCAAGCUAAUGCUGUGAUGCUGCUUUGUGGGAGGACUGCUGUUUGAUGAAACAAAGGUCACCUGGGAAGCUUUAAUUAUUAUAUAUGUAUGCCUGCUUCAGAGUAGAAUGAAAUGGUCAGAACAAAUGUGGCAAAUUCAAAUGUCUGGGUAGAGGUGAAGAGUAUUGGGCUGGAUUGGUUUGUUGAUACUUUCAGAGAGAAGUUAGUCUGAGGAACAAGCUAGAUAUCAUUAAACUAAAAUGGGUCUAUGCUAAAGAACAACUUGUUUUGCAGCUUUAUGUUUGUCAGCUUGUAUAUUUGACCUGUAUACUUGUGGGAAAAUGCACCACAUUUCACAAGUGACAAUGUAGAGUUUUCCUAUGCAGAAAUUCUCUCUAUAAGAAAAACUAAUGUAUGUAGUGGCUUUAACCUUUUUCUCAAAUUCAGUUUUGUUAUUUGUAUCUCUUGAAGUGGUGACAAAUCCACUCUAAUACAAACCUGCUUUCCCACAUCCUUUGGUAGGGGUUGCUGAGAGAUGGAUUUAGGCGUGUCUUGAGGAAGCUUGAGGAAAAGUUUCACCAAAAAAAAAAAGGUCACUUGUUUUCUCUUCCAUCAGUAAGAUAUUUAAAGAUGUUGGAUCCAGACUUUGCUUCUGCUGGUGAAGACAGAUAUGACUUUUGCCAAUUCCCUCCUUCUGCUGUAGCCUACUGUGCCUCCUCCCACACUAUUCUAGAGGGCUAGGGCACUUGCAGGGAGUGGGAAGAAUUUGAAAAAGUCACACACACCUUUCUGCUAGUGGGAUCCCUCUGCUGGAUAAAAAGACCUUCAUAUAUUGAAGAAGCCUUUCCAUCUGUGGAGUCUGGACCCAAUCCUCUAUCUCCACUUAAGUACUGUAUCUGCAACAGUGUUUAAAAUUCUUAAACAAAAAUUCUUACUCUAUUUUGACUAUACAUGGGAGCUAUUCUUGAGAAAUGUAUUUAGAAAAUGCAAUUCUAUUUUUAACUAACUGAACACUGCCAGUGUCAAGUCUGUAACAUUUUGCCAAAAAGGAAAUUAUAUUAAUUUUGCCUUUAUAAAAAUGCUGAAAUGAAUAUUUUGUCAGAAAACAUUAAUUUAAAUAAAAUGCUACAG